AUGCCGGAAGAUGGACGGCUAGUUAUGAGCCUGGACUUUGGUACUACCUUCUCAGGUGUCGCAUACGGCUCUACGCGCAUCUCGAACGGCUCGACGCAGAUGGUACUCGUCUGGCCCGGCUCGUUUGAGCAUUUCCGCAAGAUCCCCACCUGUCUCUUGUACGACCAGGCCGGCAGAGUCCUCUCCUGGGGAUUGGAGGCGAAGAAUGCCCCCCCGAUGGAGGGGAGGACGAGGUGCGAGUGGUUCAAGCUCUUCCUCGAGCCUAAGGCGUUGCGGGACGAGGGAUCUGUCGAUAACCGGCUGCCGAGGUUGCCUCGCGGUAAAUCGGCUACUGAUGUUAUAACGGACUUUUUGACUUGCAUCUGGGAGUACGCGAAACAGCAGAUCGGGAGGGAAAUCGGUGCUGUCGCCGACCUCGAGGCCGCCGACGUGUGGAUCACUGUGCCCGCCGCGUGGGAUGCGGCAGGGUGCGCAAAGAUGCGCGAUGCUGCGAUCGCUGCUGGGCUCGUGCACGCUACCAAAGCCGACGACGAGACCUGGCGAGAGAGGCUGCGGAUCAUCACGGAACCCGAAGCAGCUGCAGUACACUGCGUGGCCCUGACCGAUCUGCACCAUCUCCGUCCCUCGCAAAACUUUAUGAUCUGUGAUGCUGGCGGAGGAACGGUCGACCUGGCGGUGUACAAGCUGAUCGGGCAACUUGCUCAUCUGGAGAUCGCCGAGAUCUGCGCGCGGUCCGGUGCGAACUGCGGCAGUCUUUUCCUCGACCUGAGGUUCAGGGAACUGGUGAGGGCGUUGCUGGUGGCGCAUCCGGCGCAUUUGGACCAAGCGAGCUUGGCCUAUUUUAUGCAUCACUUUUCCGAGGUGGAGAAGCUGGCGUAUUUGGGAGAAGAGGACGAUAAUAAGAUGUUCCAGUUUACGUGUUUUAACGUCGAAGACCAGGAUGACCCUUCUGUCGGUCUAGUGAACGGAGAGCUAACGAUCCCCGGCAACCUCCUCCGUCAAGAAGUGUUCGACCCGGUGAUCGACCAAGUUCUCCAGCUUAUCGAAGACCAAGAACGGCGCGUGAACCAGCGGAUCGAUGCGCUGCUCAUGGUUGGGGGCUUUUCCGGCUCUGAAUACCUUCUCAAGCGCGUGGAACAACGUUUUGCGGGGAAGAUGCGUGUGGUGCGCCCUGCGGAUGCGGACGUCGCUACUGUGAGAGGGGCGGCGCAGUACGGACUGGCGCGGCGGCCACUUGUGCAGAGCGUGAUCGCCCCCAAGGCGUAUCUCAUGAAAGUGAAGCUUCCUGCGGAACAGGAGGACUGGAACAAGCGGCCAGCGUAUAUCAAGAAGAAUGAUGCUGGCGUGGAUAUCUGUGAGAAUCGCUUGCAGUACCUCGUUCAGAAGGGGGCGAUCCUCCUCAAGGGCCAGAGGAUAAAGACGAUGUUUUGCAAGUUCUCAAAGGUGGCGGAUGACCGGCUGUUCACGGCCGUGCUGUAUACGUCAGAUGCGGACCGAGUGAUGCGCUACACAGACGAGGGGGAGACGACAGAGUUGUGUAAAUGGACGGUAGAUCUGUCUGUGCUACCGUCCUUCCAAUGGGCGGCGCAAAACCACGGCUCGACGGGGUUUUAUACCGAGUUUGAGCUUGGGCUCGAGCUGGACAGUGCCGAAGUCAGGGGGGUGCUCAUGUGGGAAGGCAGGGAAUGGGGAAGCACUGUGUUUGAUUUCCUGAAUUAG